UAAGGUAAAAUAAUCGCUAUUGGCCUGAAUCAAAGUGAAAAGCACACUCCUUUUUUUUUUUUCUACUGAGAAAAGAGUGUCAUGGAGGGAACUUAACGUAGCUUUCCAAAAUUAAAAGAUUUCUUGGCACUGCCUGUGGUUAGUUAGCACCUCAGCAACUGAAAGCUUGAUUCUUCUCUCCUUGCCAAGUGGUAUUGUUUUAAUAUUUUGUUGCCAAGAUUGGCCCUUUCUUUAUAUCCCUACUUCCUGUUUGGUUGCUACUGAAGAACCAAGCGGUGCUAUCCCAAAACUUCCUAAUAACUAAACAGAGCUUUUGAAUUAAUUCUGUUAUUUCUUCUGCUCACUUAUUAUUAGAUUCAAUGGUUUGUUCUCUUCCGCUCAAUAAGCGAACACAAACUGACAAACAAGAGCAAGGUGAAUCUUGUAAGGUUAGUGCAGCAGAAGUUCUCAGGUAUCAAGCAUAAGUAAGAUAGAAGAUGGGAAACAAGGUGGGUACCAUGUUAUACAAAUUCCGAAGAAGACAUAAGAAGCCAAAAGGGGUUGUUGAGUCCAAGGUGAUUUCCAAAUAUAUUGUGCAAAAGCACCACAACAAUGAUGAAGAUGUAUUCUUAUCACCCAAGUCAUGUCACGGUGAGGCUGAAGAAGAUCAACAUCAAGAAAAUAAAGAUAACAUGAAAAUCUCAGAGGAAUUGCCGUCUCUUGACUCCCAGACUGAUUUUCCAUCUUUCGUUUGUGAAAUAUGUGUGGAACCAAGAGCCUUAAAUGACUCCUUCAAUCUCAUGGGUUGUACGCACUUCUACUGUACUAAAUGCACAGUUAGAUAUAUAACUUCGAAGCUUGAUGAAAAUAUUACAAGUAUUUCAUGCCCUGUAUCUGCCUGUGAAGGAAUUUUAGAGCCUGACUACUGCCGCGAUAUUCUCCCAAAGGAUGUGUUUGAUAGGUGGGGUAUUGCUUUAUGCGAGUCUGUGAUUGACUGUUCCCAGAAAUUCUACUGUCCUUAUGAGGAUUGCUCGGUCUUGCUGAUUAAUGAUACAAGAGUGGAGGUUGAAAAUUCAGUGUGUCCUUUCUGCAAAAGAGAAUUUUGUGUCAAGUGUAAGGUUCCUUGGCAUCCAGAGAUUAAUUGUGAAAAGUUUCAGAAACUGAAAAAGAAAGGCGAUGAUAGUUUGUUGGUUGAUCUUGCAAAGAGGAAGAAGUGGAGGAGGUGUCCAAAGUGCAAGUACUACGUUGAAAAAUCACUCGGCUGCUUCUACAUGAAGUGCAGGUGUGGACAUGCCUUCUGUUACAAAUGUGGUGCUCGCGCAAGCACUACUUCCCAUUCUUGCCCUAAGUGUAAGCAUUGAAUUUGCAUAGAAAUUUUAGCAUGUCCUUUUGGUAGAUCAAACAACAUUGAAUAUGGGUUUUGUUUGAUGUAAACGGUGACAAUUAUUAUACUCAAGCGACAUUUGAAUGGAGAA